AUGGAGAAACUGAGGCACAACGCAAGUAAAGAGUGCCCGGCGCCGGCCGACCUGAAGGACAUCAACGGCACCAAGCUGUGCGCCCAGCUCUACGUGGACGCCAGCCCCUACUACGACCAGUGCUGCGGGGGCCGCGUGCUGCCGGUGCCGCCGGGCACAGACAUGCCCUACCUGCCGCGGGACUGGAACGACUGCUUGUCGUCGCUGGUGGUGGCGCCGCGCUGCGAGCUCACCGUCUGGAGCCGGCGCGGCAAGGAGGGCGCCACCAAGCGCUUCAGCGCCGGCGUCGUCUACCGGCUGCAGGAGGUGCGCAAGGGGCUGCUCGGGGACUGGGACGACAGCAUCUCCGCCUUCUACUGCAAGUGCAGCUGAGCCGCCUUCCCAUGAUCCUCUGCGCUUGGAAACAGCCUUCCCAUCGUCCUCCCUGCUUGGAAACAGUCUUCCCAUGAUCCUCUCUGCUUGGAACGGCCUUCCCAUCGUCCUCCCCGCUUGGAACGGCCUUCCCAUCAUCCUCCCCGCUUGGAAACGGCCUUCCCAUGAUCCUCUGCGCUUGGAAACGGCCUUCCCAUGAUCCUCUGCGCUUGGAAACGGCCUUCCCAUCGUCCUCCCUGCUUGGAGCGGCCUUCCCAUGAUCCUCUGCGCUUGGAAACGGCCUUCCCAUCGUCCUCCCCGCUUGGAAACGGCCUUCCCAUGAUCCUCUGCGCUUGGAAACGGCCUUCCCAUGAUCCUCUGCGCUUGGAAACGGCCUUCCCAUCAUCCUCCCCGCUUGGAAACGGCCUUCCCAUGAUCCUCUCUGCUUGGAAAACGGCUUUCCCAUGAUCCUCUCCAUUUGGAAACAGUCUUCCCAUGAUCCUCUCCGCUUAGAAAACCGUCUUCCCAUGAAUCACUCUGCUUAGAAAACAGCCUUCCCAUGAUCCUCUCUGCUUGGAAAAAGGUCUUCCCAUGAUCCUCUGCCCAGAAAAACGGCUUUGCCAUGGUCCUCUCUGCCUGCAGAAGCAGCUUUCCCUUGAGCUGCUUGGAAAGCGACCUUCGCAUGAACCUCUCCCCAGAAAAACGGCCUUCCCAUGAUCCUCUCUGCCAAGGAAACGGUCCUCCCAUGAUCCUCUCUGCCUGGGGAAGCAUCCCGCUUGGAAACGGCCCCCCGCGAUCAUCUCUCCCUGGGAUUUUGGCCUCCUCAUGAGCAUCUGAUUGGCCUUCCCAUGAUGCUCUUUGCCUGGGAAAGCUGCCUUCCCAUGAUCCUCUGCUCCCCAGACCAGCCUCUGCACCCCGCCUCCUGCCAGCAAUAAACACUUCCACCCAGAGAGGUUCGAGAUGCAGCUUGUUUUUCCCAGCAUGCUUUGUUCCUCCACCCCUGACCCCAGCCCCAGGGCCCCG